AUGAACAGGAGCAAUUGUCAUUCAUUAAAAACACAGCAGAAUGUCCUACUUCUUCGAAGACCCUUGCCGCCAAAGCUCAAGUUGCCUUUAUCUAAGAAGAAUGUUCAAAUAGCUGCUGCUAGUGAAUCUGAGAAGUCCCAUGUACAAUUCUCUGAGGAUGAAAGCGAAUCAGUAAAAAUCAACGAAGGUGUUUGUCAAUUACAAAGACCUGUCAGUAUUCACAGCAUCUCUCUUGAUCAUGACUAUAAGGCAUAUGAAAAGGUGGUUAACAUCUUACCACAUGCACGCCACGCUCACAUGCACUCCAUCGUCCAUUGGAAGAUUCCACAUAGUGUUUUUGGUUCCAUGUUUAUUCCAAGUUGUCUGUCAGCAUCUUCUCGAGUGUUUAGGAAAAACCUACGCCAAAUGAGAAGAGCCAGAAAGUUACAGAAGAAGAAGAAAAAGAAAGACAAAAGAGAUUCAUUUUUCACGACUAAGCCAUUUUACAACAUUUUAAUUCUCUCCAACCAGUUUGUGAAAGCUUUCCCCACUUCUUACUCUAGGUUUCUAACUUCUAGAUUUACUAUACCAACUGCUGAGUCUCAUCCUGUAUCGAAGACUCCAGACUUUAUUCAAGAACUCCCUCUCCUGGGAGAUGUAAGCGAACCACCAUUCAGCCCAAUACCUAGUACUUUAUCUGUAACACCAGAGCCACAGUGGUCUGAACGACCACGACAUCCCCACAUGGCACUAAAUAAAGUGAUUCUGAACAUUAAUAGUCUCCCUGCAAUUCAUACUCUGCCAAGGCCUGUUUCACCAAGAAGACCUCAAAGACAGAUUGCAAUAGCUUUAAUUAGAACUAUGAGAAAAGUGGCCCCAGGUGCCUAUGUUUUUCGAGGGGAAGGUUUUAAGACUAUUGCAGCAACUCGCUAUGAAACAUUAGUGUCGAUGUCCGCCCUCGCCAUAAUAAAUUGCCAAAUAUAUGGAAGAAAUGCACUUAAUCUUAAGGGAUUCUUUCUUCUGCAGUGUCCAGACUUAAAACCUAUAGCUUUUCAAUUGGUAUACCUUAAUUUAUCAUUUAAUGACCUCAAUAAGUUUCCUAUGGAAAUAUUGUGUCUUCAAAAUCUACAAAUACUGAAACUGAGAAAUAACCCUAUCAGACAAAUUCCUAAUGAAAUCCAUAGAUUGAGGUACCUCAGGAUUUUCACCAUUGCCUUUAAUCUCAUCAGAGACCUUCCUAUUGG